AUGCCUCUUAUAUUAAUGGUCGGUUUACCUAGUAGUGGCAAGACAACUAGGGCUCGUGAGAUUCAAAAAUACUUCACUGAACAACAACAUAGACAAGUUGUUUUAAUAUCAGAUAAUGAGUUAAUAUUACAAUUGAAUACAGACAAGAAUGUUUUAUUUUUAGGUAUACACUAUUUUAUUUUACAGUUAAACUAAACAUUAGUAUAAUAUAAAACACAGAUUAGUGAAAUCUGCUAAAUUCAGUUGAGCUUUAAAACCACAACAUUUUAAUGAUAACAUAGCAUUUUGUAUUGGAUGUGUUUGAUACAAAGAUCAUCUAAACUUGAUCCAGUUAUGAACAAUUUUUAAUUAAAAUGUUUUAAUAAAAUUAUAAAAGUAAAAACAAAAUUAUUAAAAUGCUUAAUACUCGUAAAUAAAUAUAUGUAUAAAAAUAAAAGAAUGAAUGUAUCGCAUGGAGUAUUAUAAUUGUAUUACAUGAUCGGUUUUGAAUUAAAAAUUUAUCAUCAGGUAUAUUACAGUCAAAAUUUAAAACGCGACUGAGUUGUAAUUAAUUUUUAAUUUGAAACUGAUCAUAUAAUACCUACACUUAUCAUAAUACUCCAGGCAACAUAUUCAUUCUUUUAUUUUUUAUUUUUAUAUUUUUUACUUUUACAUUUUUAUUUAUAUAUUUAUUUACUAUAUUUAAAAUGUUUUAUUAACUAAAUAUUAUACUUUGAAUUUUUGUAUGAUUUAACUUUAAUUUAUAGAGAUGAAAAAAGAAAAACAACUUCGCUCAAAAUUACACUCUGAUGCCUUAAAGUUAGUUUGUAAUUGUAUUAUAUUAAAUAUUUCAUUUAUAAGUUUUUGAAUAACAUAAUUGUUUUUAGGAAUUUGACCAAAGAAAAUGUUGUGAUAUUGGAUUCUGGAAAUUUUAUUAAAGGUAUUCAUUGUUUUGACUUUAUAUGUUGCUUAUGUAGUCCAUUUAAAAUUAUUUAAAUUUGUUUGGUUUUAUUAUUAGGUUUUAGGUAUGAAUUGUAUUGUUCUUCUAAAAGUUUAAGUACACCAAAGUGUUUAGUUGUUUGUGAUAUUUCACCAGAAAGAGCUUGGGAACUAAAUGAAAACAGAGCAGAAAAUGAAAGGUAUACUAGAAAGACAUUUGAUGAUCUUGUUAUGAGAUAUGAAGAACCAAAUCAUUCAAAUAGGUUUGUUGAAUAAAAUUAAUUUUAAAAUGCACAAUUUAAAUAGGUACCUAUGAAUGUUGUUGUAGGUGGGAUUCGCCUUUGAUAAAUUUACAGUUGAAUGAUACAUUACCGGCUGAAGAAAUUAGAAAAGCAAUUUUUGAAGUUGCUGCUCCUGUACCAAAUCAAUCAACAAUAAAUGUAAGAGUAACAAAUAUAUUUGGUAGAAUUACAAUUUAUCAUCAAUUUUUAAUUUGAUUAUCCAAGUAAAUAUACAACCAAGAUUUUGCUGGUAUUUGAGUACAAUUUUUAAAACUAUCACUGUAGUCUGUUCUUAGAGCAGGUCUAAAAUAAUUUGUUUUUAUUUCUGAUCGAUAUAGUUGCCAAUAAUCUUUAGUAAACUGGCAAUACAUUUCUUCAAUACAAUCUAUAGGCAUUGGAAUAUUUUUAACACGUAAUAGUACUACCUAGCUUUUAGGUAGAUUUCAUUUUAUGUUUUUACCAUUAUUAAUUAAUGUUAUUUGUUUCAUUUAUAAUUAAAAGGAAAUCACAUUUUACAUGCAUAAUAAAACAGUUUCACAUAAAUGGAGUUCACCAUAUACCUCAAUUACCCCAAUUAACAACAAUAUUGUUAUUAUAUAACUCGCAUAAUAUUAUUAUUUAUUAUUAUAAUGUUACUUAAGUGGUCUAUAUUUAUUAAACCCAACAGGCUCCACUAAAUUCAAGUUCAUAUUUGUAUGAUUUAGAUCAGAAAACACAAGAAAUAAUUAAUGUAAGUAUUGAUUAUACAUACACAAUAUAGUAUUAUAUAUUUCAACCAAUGUUAAAUUAAACUAUGAUAAUUAUUAACAUUAUAGUUAUAUUGUAUUUUUUUGUUUUGCUUAUGACAGUCAAUUAUUAAGUUGAAAAAACAAGGGAUAGAAGGAAAAUCCAUUGAACUCCCUGAUUUUGAAGGAAAAUAUUUAACCAAGUUGGACAACAGUGUAUCUUUAGUGCAACUCGCCAAGUCUAGAAAACAAUUUUUAUCUUAUGCCAAGAGCCACGCGUCAACUACAAAUGACCAAACAAAUGUUGUGAACAUGUUUAUACAAUUUCUUAAUAAUACUGUCACAUGUUGA